CUCUCCAAGCUCACGCCAUAGAGAUGGCACUAGAGGGAUCAUACGGCUUUCAAUUAGUCCAAGAAGGAACUGAACCCACCAUUAACCCUUCUUGGGGAUAUAUGGUAUAAUUAAUUUAGGGAUGGUCGCUAUUUAAUUAAAGUAAAAGGUGUUGGAUUUAAGUUGUAUACAUGACACGAGUUGUACGAGUUAAAAUCCAAAAACAGAAAAGUACAUGGAUCAUUGCCCAUCUAAAAACCAACAAAAACAGUUGAAAUUUCUGGUUUAGAAACUCUGGGAAACCAAUCCUUCAUUUUGGUUAUGCGAAAUUUCCGCCUUCUGCCAUCCCAACAGAAUUCCCUAGUCAAACCUCUGGUGGGUUGAAUUGCCAGUCUUAUCAUCACCUCCAAAAAUUUCUUUCAAAUCAAAAGGACUUUAAAUACCAGAGUAAUGAAAUUUUUGCAAUAAUUCACCACUUCAAUAUUAUGGCAAGAUGUUUCAGCUUCACCGCAUCCCGAGAUUGGUUCUACCGGUAUUCCUUCUUCAGUGCCGGCCUCCGGUCGGUCACCACCGAUCUCGGUGAGGGUACCAUCAUGCAUUGUUGGGUGCCGAAAACCCAUAAUAAUUCCAAGCCCAAUCUCCUUCUUGUCCACGGCUUCGGCGCCAAUGCAAUGUGGCAAUACGGGGAGCCUUUACGCCACUUCAACGCCCGGUUCAACGUCUACGUACCGGACCUCGUCUUCUUCGGCGAGUCCUACACGAGCAGGCGGGACCGGACCGAAGUGUUCCAGGCUCAGUGCGUGAUGAGCAUGAUGGAGGCGCACGGGGUGCACAGGAUGAGCCUGGUGGGGAUAAGUUACGGUGGGUUUGUGGGUUACAGCAUGGCGGUGCAAUACCCGCAGAAGGUGGACAGGUUGGUGCUGUGCUGCAGCGGUGUUUGCUUGGAAGAGAAGGAUAUGGAAAACGGGCUGUUUAAGGUUGCGGAUUUGGAGGAGGCGACAAGCAUUCUGUUGCCACAGACACCGGACAAAUUGAGAGAGCUUAUGCGGUUUUCUUUCGUAAAGCCUACCAAAGGGGUGCCAUCUUAUUUUCUCACAGAUUUCAUUGAAGUGAUGUGUACAGAUUAUGUUGAAGAGAAGAGAGAAUUGAUCCGGACGAUACUUAAACAUCGAAAACUUUCUGAUCUUCCUCAUAUCACGCAGCCUACAUUGAUAAUUUGGGGAGAAGAAGAUCAGAUAUUUCCUUUGGAACUAGGACAGAGAUUGGAGAGGCAUAUAGGGGAAAGUGCGAGGUUGGUGGUGAUCAAGAAUGCAGGGCAUGCUGUUAACCUUGAAAAGCCCAAAGAGUUCAUCAAGCACUUAAAAGUCUUCCUCCUUGAUUCAAUUUACUCUUCUUCUUAACCUUAAUUCUCCGAAUGCAUAAUAGUUAGGGAUAGAACCGAAUAAGAUGAAUUUUUGACG